GCACUCCCACACUACAGCACCACGCACCCGCCGCCGCUGCUGGGCCAAGCAUGGGCUGGCGAUCGCCGUCGUGAGAUCGUCUCGCUGCCUGACCGCCCGCCAGUCGGAAAGGCCUCGCUCCUUCCCCCUCGUGGCACCCCUCCCGUUUGCCGCUGGAUAUGUGGCGUGCUAUCGCGAGCACCAACUGACUGACCACCUUCCUUCCACGCUCCCUCGCACGCAUGCGCCUGCCGCUCGUUUGCACCGCUGCUGCCGCUCCUUAAGCUUCGCUCCCCGCCAGUCAGUCGCUACGGGCCUUUUCUUUUCGUCUGCCGGAGCCCUGCCAUCACCGCCAGCGCGCACGCCGGGGCCAUUGAUCGUUGCGCGCAGCCUCCACAUGGAUUGAGAGCUUCCCCCCGAGUCACGAGCCCCGUCCCGUCGAGGCAUAUUGCACUCCUCUCCGCCCACACCGCCGCUCGGCAUGGACAGCUCGCAGAGCUACGACAAUGCGCCUCACUCCACCUCGCGGAUACACAGGCAGAGAUCCAACCACGGUCUCCGCGCAGCCAGUCACGGCCAACCCUUCCCAAUGUCCAGUGCUCCUCAGGAUCUCCCGGUGAGGAGUAGCGGUGGCUUUGGUGAGGGAGUCAAAGCUCGAAAGGGCUCAAUACGCAGUGCCGUCCGCAAGAUAUUUGGUCGUCGCUCACGAGAUUCCAUCAGCCAUGGCCCUAUCGAUGCAGACCCACCCCAGACGGCGUCUAGACAUGCCUACCACAAAAGCGAGCCACCCGUGCCCAUGCCAUCACAGCCAGAGGUGCCAGAACCUCAUGAAUAUGACAGCUCUGCUUCCCAUGCGUUUGCCCCAGCCUACCCGGCUAGUCGGCCGAGCUUUAGUCGAACCACGUCUCCCUAUGCACUCCAGUUCCCAAACAGUGUCCGACUGAAGCCAAUGGAUCUUGGCCACCAAUUUUCAUCUCCUCCACAGCCCCUCAGACGUCGGAAGACCUUACCGAAUAUGCUUCCGGAAGAACAAGACCACGUGAACGACGAGCAUGUAACGAAGGAGACCAGCGAGGAACCAAUGCCGCCUCCGGAUAGAGUGGGUGAUGCCACCGCCGCAAAGAGCAUCGCAGAACUCAUCAAGAGGGACAGGAGGAAAUCGAGAAGCACAGAUGAUCUGCAAGCGACUGCCGCUAGAGAGCACAGUGUGCCACGCAAGAGAAGUGAGGAGAUUAGAUAUUGGCGCGAGAGCUUCCAGCCAGAUGCCCUACGGUCAAGUGGUUUCGCAACGCAGCCCUCGUCGAGAGGCCAGAUAUCGGCCGCACGCCCAUCGAUGUCUCGAGGAAGCGAACGACGAGACGUGCAGACCCCUCCUACACCGCCACGCGAGGUAGAAAGUCAUUCCAAACCUGCGACCAUGAAGAGCAGUCCACCACGCUAUCGUGGAGGCCCCACAUCGUUGCAUGGAGACUCACAAAGACCUUCCUCUGCCGUUGAUACGGAAAUGUCAAAGGACUUGGAGGACCGAGUAGCGAAGCUCGAAGCGGGCCUGCAGAAUUUCCAAAGGUCUUUACAGAAGCUCACAGCUGACCGCAAUCGAAGAACCAUCGUGAUGAGUGGUGGCCUGACGAAUCGAGGCAGUUCUGGUGACAUGCGGACACCGAGCAUGCUCGCUGAAACACUCGCGGACCCUCUAGAGCCCUCGAAUUAUGAAUACGAAUACGGCCAUACAAUGCGCCCAGUGACGUCCGCACAACCACCACUCGCGGCAUCAGUGCACGAUGAUUCUGAGACGGAAACACACGAAGUGAACCACCCCAAAUCUCAUCGUGGCCCACUGAACAGCCACGCUCCUACUCCGCCGCGAUCGGCCGAGCUCCGACCAGAACCGGAAAGAGCGGCCACUCCACAGACAAGCUCUGCGACAAUGGCAGCCGUGACACCCGGCACGAUGGAAUCAAGCGGUGGCGCCCAUCCUCCGGAAUGGACGUUCCGCUCCCUGUACCAGAUGCUGUCCGAUGAACGCUCGGCGCGGCGGAAACUUGAAACCCAGCUCAAAGGGCUACGCCAAGAGAUUUCGGAGUUGCAUAGCCAAGUCAAUUCAACGUCAACUCUACAGAGUACCAGGAGCAGCUAUAUGCUGGCUGGAUCAUCGAGCCGCUUGCAAGAUUUGUUGCGCGAGACGGGUGAGGGCAGCCCACCUAGUGCAUCUCCACGAUCACUCAAACGGCAGUCGGGCUUCUCUGCUCACUCUACGGGCGGCGCAGGGCCGGUAGUGAGCCGCUUCAGCGGCUCUGACAGUGAAGCUCUGACGCAGGAAUUUGCUCACGAGAGCGACGAACUGGAGACGCCGAACGAUGCGUACAGAACGCCGCUCGAGGAGCGCAGCAAGUGGAGUAUUGCCAGUAAGGACAACGAAAUGUUCUAAGUGCUGACAAUCCACAACACAUUCGGUCGAUUUGAUGCAUUUGCAAGACGUAACUACUCAAAAUUGCGCAACACCUAAGCAACGCUACGUGUACGACCCGAACGAGGAUACCCCAAGAAUCUUAUUUGUGUAUUUAUUCAUCUCUUCCAAUUAGUUCUAUCAGCAGCCCUGUGCGCUGAGGCAUUCGCUGCCUACAAAUUUUAUUCUGCUAUCAUCGGAACGCGCAUUCCAUCCAUUGUCUCACUUCUACCGAGCUUCAAGUUGCGAAAUGGAUACAAAGCGAUCCCGGCAUGCUUACUCUGUAGCCACGUGCGGACAUGGGCAUCACAUGGCGAGCG